AUGAAAAUCAUUACUUCUUUUUCACUGAUAAUCAUUAUCCUAUUUGGAUUAAAUAUCGUACCAACCGAAGCAUGGUUAUUCGAUACGAUCAUGGAAUGGUGGUACGGUACCGGAACAACGCCGACAUCAGAUACAACAACAACAACAACAACAAAAGAAGGACCCAUAGAAGAAUUUUUUACCGUUGAUACGGAACGAAACGAAAACACUGAAGCAGACGUCAAUGUCGAGCAGACUAUGGAGAAAGCAUUUACCACGGAGGAACCUAUAGAGCCGAUAUCUAUCACAGAGCAAUCGAAUCCCCCAUCCCAGGAAUCCACUGCUCCUGAUCCUGAUUGUAAAUGUGAUUAA